AUGCCUCCCUACGAAGCCUUAUAUGGAAGAAAGUGUAGAACUCCCCUUUGUUGGAGUGAAGUUGGUGAAAGAAAAUUGGUUGGUCCGGAGAUUGUGCAACAAACUGAAGAUAAAGUAAAAGUCAUCAAGGAUCGUCUAAAAAUUGCUUCGGAUAGACAAAAGUCUUAUGCUGAUCUAAAAAGGCGUGAAAUUGAGCAUCAAGUGGGAGAUAAAGUAUUUUUAAAGGUUUCUCCAUGGAAGAAGAUUAUGAGAUUUGGCCAAAAAGGAAAACUUAGUCCUCGAUUUAUUGGGCCAUAUGAAGUACUAGAGCGGGUUGGACCAGUUGCAUAUAAAUUAGCUCUUCCACCGGAAUUGGAUAGGAUCCAUAAUGUCUUUCAUGUUUCCAUGCUUAGAAGAUAUCGCUCAGAUCCAUCUCAUGUUCUUCCUGUUGAAUCCAUAGAUGUCAGCCCUGACUUAACAUACGAAGAAGAACCCAUCCAAAUCUUGGCGCGUGAGACAAAAGAGCUUCGAAACAAGAAAGUUCCAUUAGUAAAAGUCCUUUGGAGAAAUCAUUCUGGCAAAGAGGCUACAGGAGCGAAAAGGAUAUGCGAAUUCAAUACCCACAGUUAUUUUGAGACCUGA